CCACACGAUCCGGGGGUGUCUCGACACCCACGCCCUUAUAUGCCCGCCCAAUGCCCUCAGUGCGGGCGUUCGUUCGCUCGCACAGAGCACCUAAUCCGACAUCAACGCAUUCAUUCCGGCGAACGCCCGUUCCCGUGUCCACAAUGUCAGGCAGCAUUCCAGAGGCCCGACGUGCUGGCUCGGCAUAUCGACAGGGUCCAUGCGCCAGCGUCUGCCGGGCCGCCCAGGGACGGCGAGCGAGAACGCUCCCGGCUGGCAUGCGACCAAUGCCGCAAGCGCAAGCUCAGAUGCAACGAUGAGAGGCCGUGUGAGCCUUGUCUCCUGAAGGGUUUCACCUGCUCUAUGUCUAGUACCAGCCGUCCCACGGGCAGACCUAGGAACUCUGCUUCAACCCCUCACCCCCGCACGACUCUGAUGGAUCCGACCACCACUGUCGCGAAGCCAAGCCCAGACCCGAGGUCUCACUCCACGCCGAUGCAGCCAACUCCCCCGUCAGGGCCCCGUGAGACUCCAGUAUCCCUCAGCGUUGCAGGAUCUGCCGGAUUCGGUGCGCAAAAUGAAUCGGCACCUCCGAGAGAAAGCGUGGCCUGGCCGAAUCCCGUUCAUCUCCUUAUCCCAAGUGCGGCUGGCUCAACGAUUCUUCCACCCACACCUUUUGGAACGGACGCCAGCACCGACGGCAUGCAGUAUGAAACUCCCGCUCCCAAGGACUUCCUCGAUGAUUUCGUAUCUCUCACGGACUUUUUCACAUUUUUCGACGACCCAGUAGAUCUCUACGACGUAGGUUCAUUCGCAUUUCAGCAGCCUCACUCGAUGAACAUCGACUUCGAUCCCGCCAUGCUCAAUGGCAUCGAACUUCUGAAAAAGGAGGUGCCUUGGCGUCCACGAGCAUCCCUUGAUGCUCCAGAUUGGUCAUGGCACUCGGCACGACCACAACUCCACAUGUAUGAUGACGAGAUGAUCAACGCCUUGCUCAAAGUCGCCAAGACCCACCUAUCAUCCACCUUUGCCCUUUUCGCGGACUUUCAGGCAACACAUGUCACUCGGGUUGAGCUGUGCUUGGCUAUGGCCGCUGUGGGCGCUCUCUAUUGCACUAUCCCCGACAGCAAUAGAGUUGCAAAAAUGUUAUACAACGACGCUAGACGCAUCCUCUUGGAACAGUACAUCCAGCACACUGAUACCUCCUUUGAACAGUCUUUGAGCUUCGCGCAGACGUUUGUCUUGCUAGAGCUCUGGGGCUUUUGCAGUGGGGACAAAAGGGCGUUUGAGUUUAUCGAAGUCUUUCAUGGCAGCAAGCUCCACACAAUCACAUGCUGUAUGGAUACACUGCCACGCGUCGAAAGCCAGCUUCGCGAGCAUGGUAGGCUUCGACUACUCAUGGAGGCCGCCAACAUCCUCGAUAGCUAUCGAGUGCUUUUGCUGCAAUUGCCUCCGUCCUUCUUGAUGGAGAUUAUCAGCCGUCGGCGGCCCAAUCGAGGCCAGCACACACUGUCCGCCGAUGGCAUCCUCCCGCCAAGCUCAGGCGGGCUUACCGAUCGACCGCCAACAGGAGGGAUACACCAGCUUACCGAAACGAUUCGCUUCACAUGGAUGGUACGGUCAUGGGAUGCCGACGGCGCAUCAAAGCCGCUGCUCUGGAAGAAGGAGUUUGUGGAGCUCGAACUACACCGAUGGCUUCGAGCCAACACCGCCCAUCCCGACCCUGCCUGCAAAAAUGCGCCUACCCAGAUGCUGCUAUUCCACCUUGCGCAAAUCAUCCUACACGCCGACGUGCACACUCUCCACCGUCAGGCCUUGACAGCAGCGCAGCACGCGAGCGGAUCGAAGCAAGGCAUUGCCCACGGCGCAAAGGCACGAAAGAUUAUCGAGAAUCGCCUCUUCACCGUGGCCCUCUGGCAUGCACGAGCCAUUCUUCACCUUGCGCAAACCAUCAUGAGCGCAGCACAGGACCAUCCAAAGCGCUUCGUAGACGUCCACGCGGUGCCCACGCAGCCUCCGCAUCUGCCUUUCUGCAUCUACUUCGCCACGUUGAUCGUGUGGUUCCACGAUAUACGCCAUGCUCGGGAUGAACAACGGACUGCGGACGAUACCAUUCGCUCUAGUUCGAAACUGCUGCUAACACUGAAAGCCUCCGUUUCGGAGGCUUUGAAUUCCAUCCUAACUGAGCUUUUGUGGACGUAUUCUGCGUAGGGAGAAGACAUGGUGAUGCAGGAACCUGCUUCAUCGUUGUAUACUCUGGUGGAGAGUGACAAGCCGAGGAUGCAGCAUCGACACUGACUCGAUUUUGAUACCCAAGUAGCGUUUGUUUCUUGCACUGACAUGCAAGAAUACAUUGACAGUCUCUCCAACUGUUCAUUAGAUACAUCGCAUAUCGUCUAUAACACCCGAGCACGAGGUAGCAGUUUGAUGCGGCUCGG